GGAUCAGUUUUCGAAAUGGAUCGUCUGCAGCAGGUCGGCGUUCAGCAGUUGGGUGAUCUGAAGCGUGUUUUCACCCGGGAAUGGCCAAAAUACUGCAAGGAGUACUACUGCCUGGACACGUUUCUGGAGCUAUAUAAAAAGGACGAUCAGCUGAAGGAUGUGCAAGUCUAUGCUCUUCCCAAUCUAGAGCUCGGAAUAUUUGUGAUCGUGGAUCACUAUCAGAUAUUUGUGGGCUUCCUGGAAGCUGAACAAUCAGAAAGCCUUUUCAAGGAGUCCUUACUCAAGUUUAAGCUCUAUGGAGGCGAACAGUUCGCCUCAAUGCCAAAAAGGUAUUUCAAUGUUGCCAACGACAUUAUUCAAGCGAAGAAUCUGAAACUAGAUCUCGACUGUGUAACACUUUCCCUGGUCUUGAGCAAAGAGGAAGCCCUGCUUUUUCAAGUAGAACCUCCAGCCGGAUUUUCCCUUAAGCCGGUAGAUAUAGACGAUGCUCAGGUGAUUAAUGAUCAAUGGGAAUGGAGUGAGCCGGAUUCCCUUUCCGUGGUCCGCCGUCAAAUUCUGGCUCCAGAUGGCUUAUUGGCAGUCCUUCAGGUCAAGACGACCUACAAACGCAGAGGCUUCGGCCAACUGAUUGUGAAGGAAUUUGCGAGACAAGAGGCUCUGCUGGGACGCGAUACAAUCACCGAAGUGGUUCCGGAAAACAAGGCAUCCUUGGGCCUGUUCACCAAACUGGGCUUUAAAAUCAACGACCAGUGUCACUGGCUGAUGACGGAGCCGCCAAAAGGAGUUCGAUAAGAUUAAGGACUUGUUUAUCUGUAAAUGUUAUUUUUUUUGUAGAUUUAAAUUAUUAAAGCUGAUAAGUUUUAGCAGCUGGCAAAAAAUGUACUGGCUGGCCAUAAGAAAACCACACGU